AUGUUUACUUUCAGCAUUGCUCAUUCCCAGUACUACUUCACCUUAUCCAUCGAUCUCAACAUUUCUGCCAGCGAUAUGGAAACAGUUGAAUUUCGUCAUGCUAAAUCAGCUGUAUUUUCGAGUCCCCGACUAGUGGUUCUUCUCGCGUCGCUUUUCCUUGCAACUCUCAUCGUCGCGGUAUGCUCGGUGGUGCUUGUCGUAAUGCUCAACGAUGGCUUCGCAGCUCUCACAGGAUGCGCCAGUUCCGCCUCUUUGGGAGGCAACUGCUUGAACUCAACACGAAAUGAGUCCGUAUGCCUUUCGGAGAAAUGCAUCCGGCUAGCUGCCAAUUAUUUGAACAAUAUGAAUCGUCAAGCGAAUCCUUGCUCCGAUUUCUACACGUUCGCUUGCGGAAGGUACGCAGAAAACAAAGUCGUACCUGAGCAUGCGAAGAAGAUCACUGUUUUGUACGAGAUGAAAAGGGAUCUGGAUCGACAUCUUAAAGGCAUUCUCGAAAACUCUUCGCGGAUGAAUGAAACACGUGCAGUGAAGCUGGCUCGCACAUACUAUGAUUCCUGCAUGAAUGAGGAUGCUCAGAAUGAAAUGGGUAAUAUCCCUCUUUUGUCUCUUAUUUCUCAACUUGGUGGAUGGGAAUUGCUCACCAAUGCAAGAUUUGAUUCAGCAGACUACCACUGGGAAACAUUGGCAGGGCAGUUGGCAGCUAUCGGCGUUGAGGGUCUCAUCAAAGUGUUUGUGCAUAGCAGCUUCGAAAGCAGCGACACGCAAAUUCUCAUGUUUUGUCCACCGAAGCUUUUUCUCGAAAAGAAGAAAUUCUACCGUGGCGCACCUUCGUCGAACAUCUUUCUUGGUUAUUAUCGAGAAUACAUUCUGAAUCUUCUGCAGUUGCUCGGGGUCGACAAGGAAGACGAUGCUGGAAUGAUUGAUUAUCAAGUGAAUGACAUCAUCGACAUGGAGCGGAGGAUUGCCAAUCUUUCUCGAUCUGACUUUUUGCGAAACCACUCAGCUAUAAGUAAUCUAAUGACAUAUAAAGACUUUCGCCAUCGGUACCCUCAGAUACGCUGGAGCCUGUUCUUCAACGAGGAACUUCGCGAGAGUCUUGGAACUCUGGAUGAUGACAUGAUGGUAAACGUGGUUGACAUCGGAUAUUUCGACGGCCUUUCAUCUCUGAUGAAAUCAAAACCCCUCAGCUCAAUCAACAACUACAUGAUGUGGCGACUUGUGUCGACAUUCGACGUCUACCUUGCGCAGCAGUAUCGGAUUCCUGCUCAGAAAUUCCAUGCUAACAUGUACGGAUCAACUGCAGAAGUACCAAAGUGGGAGAACUGUGUGCACAAUGUUGCAGAAAAUAUGGCGAUGCCACUUUCGACGGCUUACGCCAGUUCAUAUUUUUCAGUAGACGACAGAGAAAAGGCUGAAGAAAUGAUCACAGAUCUAAAAAGUUCCAUGCAACGUCUGUUAAUUGAAGCAGAUUGGAUGGAUGAACUCACUCGAUCUGCCGCACUGAAGAAAUUGGAUCGGAUGAGACACAAAAUAGGCUUUCCGGACGCGCUACUGAACGAGACAGCUGUACUUGCUCCGUAUGAAGGCGUCCAGAUCGCUGUUGAUAACUUCUUCGACAAUGCAUUGCAGCUGAAAAGGGCAGCAGUUAGGAAUGUUUUAUCCCGAAUCAAGAAACCACCAACGGAUGAUGAUUGGGCUUCUCCAGUUAUUGCUGUAGACGCGUUCCACUACUUCGCUGGGAAUGAGAUAAUAUUUCCAGCCGCUAUUCUACAAUUCCCAAUGUUCGUGCCAGAGGCUCCGUUUUCUGUGAAUUAUGCCGCCAUCGGCCUUGGAAUUGGUCAUGAAAUCACUCACGGUUAUGACGACCUCGGAUCCCAGUACGAUGAUCUUGGAAAUCUCAGGCGGUGGUGGGAUCACACGACUUUAGAGACGUUCCAGAAAAAAAGACAGUGCUUCAUCAAUCAGUACAACAGACAGGUUGAGCCAAAUACACAUCGGAACGUGGAUGGCCGUCUCACAAUUGGAGAAAACAUAGCUGACAAUGGCGGAUUGCGUGUUGCGUAUGAGGCUUAUCGGAAGAGAAGCCUGCGCGAAUCGGAGUUUGCGGUUCUCCCCGGCUUCUCGAAGUUCUCUGCAGAGCAGUUAUUUUUCGUAGCCUACGCAAAUACUUGGUGCGAAGCUAUUAAGAGUUCAUCGAUCAAUUACAUUAUGGACACUGAUGUGCACGCGCUUGGAAUGUUCAGAGUAAAUGUCCCACUGCAGAAUUUUCCUCCAUUCUCGGAAGCGUUUCAUUGUCCAGUCGGCAGCCCGAUGAAUCCGUAUGAGAAAUGCAGGAUUUGGUAG